ACAAACAUGAAGAAGAACACCUCUGCGGUGAAGAAUGCCGGUGGCAUCAAGGCAUGGAGUUUCCGUAGCCACCAGCUUUUGGUGAGAAGGGUGAUGCAAUUAACCAUGUUCAUUGCUGGACUUCAUGUGUGUUGGGUGUUUCUCUCUAACUCUGCCUCUUCCAUUGAAUUCCAUACCUUCUCACAUUACUUCAUUGCUCAGUUAACAAAGGCUGGUUAUGAAUCAAAGCUAGAGAGUGUUCUUAGAAGCGCGUCUAUGAAGGAUAAGACAGUGAUAAUCACAACUCUAAAUGAUGCAUGGGCAAAGCCAGGUUCCAUAUUUGACCUCUUUCUUGAGAGUUUUCGCCUAGGGAACCAGACAAAAAAGUUUUUGAAUCACUUGGUGGUAAUAACUUUGGACCAAAAGGCACAUGCUCGUUGCCUAGCUUUGCACAAACAUUGUUACCAACUUGAAACUAAAGGUGACAAUUUCACCGGUGAAGCAUUUUUCAUGACUGCAGACUACCUACAGAUGAUGUGGAGAAGAAUUGAAUUCCUUGGUACAGUCCUUGAUAUGGGGUACAACUUUGUGUUCACGGAUACUGAUGUAAUGUGGCUUAGAGAUCCCUUCAAACUAUUUUACAAAGAUGUAGAUUUCCAAAUAGCUUGUGAUUUUUUCAAUGGCAAUUCCCAUGACUUAAACAACUUUCCAAAUGGAGGGUUUAAUUAUGUGAAAUCGAAUAAACGAACUAUUUUGUUCUACAAGUUCUGGUUCAACUCUAGGAAUGUCUUCCCCAAGUUGCAUGACCAGGAUGUGCUCAACAAGAUAAAAAAGGACUCAUUCGUUUCCAACAUGAAGCUGAAGAUUAGGUUCCUUAGCACUAGUUAUUUUGGAGGGUUUUGUCAGCAUGCAGAGGACUUCAACAAGGUCUCAACAAUGCAUGCCAAUUGUUGUUUUGGUUUAGAUAACAAAGUCAAUGAUCUCAAAAAUUUGCUUGAGGAUUGGAAGAAGUAUGUGGCAUUGCCUGAAAAUGAGAAAAAUCAGUCGCAUCCUUCUUGGAGCGUAAGUUGCAGGGAGUCGGUUGAACGUUUCAAACAAAGGAAGCAGAAGAAUAAAGGGAGGUUUCGGCGACGGGCAUUGGCUGUAACGGUUUGAUGCAUAUAUAGAGGUUGUUAGGAAUAAUUCAUUGGAAGUUAAUUAAAUAAACAAUCUUCAUACCUAUGCAGGGAAUUAUUUACUCCUAGCCAAUGGUUGUUACCUGCUAUAUAAGGAAGGUUCAUAAUAUUAUUUAUAGAGUAUUUUUAA